AGCCCACGUAACCGCACUCCUUCCGCAGCCCCAUCUUUAAAUACCCAUGUUCCCCCCCACCGACUGGCUCCCGCGAAGGACAAAAAAACAGAACUCUGCGACGUCAAACGAGCCACCAGAGAUUGGCUGCCGAGGACCCUGUCUCUGUAACCCAUACCCGUACUCACUGCAAGCCCAACAAACGCCCUGAUCGCGCGCACUCGCUUCUCCCCCCCGGGAAGCAGUCAAGCCCCGACACAUCUCGCUUCUCUUUACGGAGUAAUUCUCCCGAGUGACCGACAAAACGGGGGAGUUGCGUGACGACGGAGCGAAGCGAGACGCGCGACGAGCCCAAGCUUGAAAUAACCUUAACUCUGUGCCCACCCCCAAUCCGAUCUCCUCCGAAUCAUGCACCAAUACUACAAAAUGGCCGACUCGGGUAUCGGAAAUAUUACAGGCGGCUUACGGCGUCGUUUCUCAGUGCGGCUCAUCAUCUCCUACGCCUUCGACUGGGCCGUCCUCAUCUUCUUCGCUGCUAUCGGCGUCGUCUUCGACCGCAUCGAGCCCGCCAAACGACCCUUUUCCCUCGUCGACCCCAACAUCGCCAUGGUCUUUACAAGUGCCAUAAAGAACUUCUUUGGCAAGCCCCGCCCCGAUCUUCUGAGCCGGUGUGAACCCGACUGGAAGAACGUCAAGGAUCAUAUUGCUGGCGGUUACAGCUGGGGCAACAUGAACGGUCAGCUCGUCUACGCCAGUAUUUGCCAGCAGACAGACUCGUACAAGCUCGACGAUGGCUUCCGCUCUUAUCCCAGCGGCCACGCCUCUUCCGCCGCCGUCGGCCUAAUUUACGCCUCGCUCUUCCUAGCCAGCAAGUUCUCCGUCACCAUCCCCUUCGUUACACCUUCGGCCGCUGUAGCUGCGGGCGCUACUGGGGCUGCUUCUCACGCCGCCUUCCCUUCCCUCCUUCGCCCUGAUGUUGAUCCCUAUGAGCCCACUCGCGCUCGCGCCCGCGGCUUCGACGACCGAUCUGCCACCUCCUCGCUCACUACCAAGGUCUCGCUCUUUGGCGAUAUGGGCCAGCACAACGCCAAGAUCCAGUCUCUUCGCCGUCAAGCCGCUGCCCCCCCCUCUACCUCCUCGUCUUCACCCUUCUCCCCUUCAGCCUCUCCAUCUUCAUCGCCGGCUCCCGUUGGCUGGGCCUGGGGUCCUCGCAGCGAUGAACGCGCCUUCUGGGCCGGCAUUGGCCGUCAGGGCUAUGCUGGUACGGAUGAGGAGCUGGGUAUUUAUACUCCACAAAACGACGUGGGCAUUUCUGGUGAUACUUCGUACCCUCCCAUAGCUGCUACCCUUGCGCAGCGAAAUGUGCAACACCAUGAUGAUCAGAGCAGUGAGGGCCGUCCGAGCCAGAACUUCCAGGGUGUUGAGCUACAGCGUAUGGACGACGCUGAUCGUGUAGAGAACCGGUUUGGUGAAAACCGCGUCUAGGAGCCGCCUCCUUUCGAGUUGUAAUUGUUUUGGCAUGAAAACUCUAUGGCAAGGUGCGUAUGUAUGCAAUUCAUUCAGAAUACGUACGGCAUAUCCCAGGAUAUAGGUAAAAGUGGAGUCUAGACCAAGGACAGCUUUUGACGCGUGAUUCGGAAAGCGAAGACAGAUCUUGGUUUUGGCACGACAUAUCGCAUGCAAUGAAAUGGCCAAUUCAAUCGAA